AUGAAAGGUUCAUCAUCAUCUUCUUCAUCCAUGACUUCCAGGAGAAAUGAUGCGGCUCUCAAAUGCAGAAAAGUGAACAGAGUAUUAGCAAGGUUUGCGGAAACACAUCUCCAAAUUAGAGAGGAAUAUAAAGCCAAAGGAGAAUCAGUCUCACAAAUCAAAGCGCUGAAUGAGACAAUACAGAGAAUGAGGGAUAAGUCACAAUGCGAAAACACUAAAAAGCAACUAGGAGCUAUUGAAGGUAUCAAAAUUGGCGACAGGUUUCGAUACAGGGGAGAGCUUGUUGUUAUAGGACUUCAUCAUCAAUCAAUAAAGGGAAUUGAUUACAUGUGGGAGGAUGACAUCUCCUUCGCCACAAGCAUUCUGGUGACCAAUCGCAAAGAUAAUACCAUUGUUCUGUACUAG